GUGGCAGAGCUUUGAAGAUCACUCAUCAGAGCGCAGGGGCCCGGGGACGGAGACAGAGUCAGAGUCAAAAUGCUCAUGUGCGGUGAGCGGAGCUGAAAUCUGUGCGCAACUGGAUGAUAAAAAGAGAAAAGUGGGGUCCGGAUGGAGCUUAAAAUAACAGGAAUAUUACAUUCUGGGUGUUUUCUCGCAAAUGGAUUACCAAAGGAAUAUUGCGUUCAGUCGGAGAGCCCUGUUGAUGUGUGAAUUCGGAUACUCAAGGUAACAUCUCCGCCGGUGCGAAACAGGAAGUGUCGUCUGUGAGCAGCCAUGGGCCAGAGAGCUGUGCUUCUGCUCAGUGAGCUGCUGCUGCUGCUGACAGCCUCGCGCACUCUCCUCGCAGUCAGCUUCCCAGAGGACAUCGUACCCCUCGAUGUCGUUGACGCACACUUCUCACGGAGGUACCCUGUGUUCAGAGGCAGGCCCUCUGGCAACGAGUCCCAGCAUCGCCUUGACUUUCAGCUGAUGACCAAGAUACAGGACACUUUGUUCAUUGCUGGCAGAGAUCAAGUUUAUCUCGUCAGUCUGAGAGAAUCCUACAGGAAUGAGAUCAUUCCUUACCGGAAGCUAACAUGGCGGUCGGGUCAAGCCGACAGAGAGACGUGCGCCGUCAAGGGAAAACACAGAGACGAGUGCCACAACUUCAUCAAAGUGCUUGUUCCCAGAAACGACGAUCUGGUCUUCAUCUGUGGCACCAACGGUUUCAACCCUAUGUGCAGAUACUACAGGCUGGAUAACCUAGAGUUUGACGGGGAAGAGAUCAAUGGACUGGCAAGGUGCCCGUUCGACUCCAAGCAAACCAACGUUGCCCUUUUCGCUGAAGGGAAGCUGUAUUCUGCAACUGUAGCUGACUUCCAGGCCAGUGAUUCUGUCAUCUAUCGCAGUAUGGGUGAUGGGUCAGCCCUGAGGACUAUCAAAUAUGACUCCAAAUGGCUGAAAGAACCUCAUUUCCUGCAUGCAGCAGAGUAUGGGAAUUAUGUGUACUUUUUCUACCGAGAGAUUGCAGUGGAGCACAGCAAUCUGGGAAAGGUUGUGUAUUCCCGCGUGGCCCGGAUCUGUAAAAACGACGUGGGCGGUUCGCAGCGGGUGCUGGAGAAGCACUGGACGUCUUUCGUGAAGGCGAGGCUGAACUGCUCCGUGCCGGGCGAGUCCUUCUUCUACUUCGACGUGUUGCAGUCCAUCACGGACAUCAUCGACAUCAAUGGAGUCCCCUCGGUGGUGGGUGUGUUCACCACUCAGAUGAACAGUAUACCGGGGUCAGCGGUGUGCGCCUUCUCCAUGGCUGACAUUGAGAAAGUGUUCUGGGGUCGGUUCAAAGAGCAGAAGACUCCUGACUCCGUGUGGACUCCAUUUCCAGAGGAGAAGUUGCCCAAACCUCGACCCGGGAGCUGUGCAGGUCACGGUCCAGCCGCGUCCUUUAAGAGCUCCGUCGAAUUCCCGGACGACACCCUGCAGUUCAUCAAAUCCCACCCCCUCAUGGACACAGCUGUGCCUUCGAUUGGGGAUGAGCCUUGGUUCACGAAGACACGUGUCAGGUACAGGCUGACAGCGCUGGCUGUUGACAACGAGGCAGGGCCACACAAGAACCACACCGUGGUGUUCAUCGGGGCUGAGUCGGGGGUCGUCCUCAAGGUUUUAGCCAAGACCUCCUCCGUAUACCUAAAUGACAGCCUGCUUCUGGAGGAGAUAGAUGUCUUCAACAGGGCCAAGUGCCUGUCUAACCGAGAGGAUGACAAGCGUGUCCUCUCGCUGCACGUGGACAAAGACGCACACAGCCUUUAUGUCGCCUUUUCGAGCUGCGUCAUCCGUGUUCCCCUGAGUCGCUGCGAAAGGCAUUCGUCCUGCCACAAGUCCUGCAUUGCAUCAAGGGAUCCUUAUUGUGGCUGGCUGCCCCAUGGAGCCUGUGAAAGAAUACAGCCUGGUGUUUUGUCUGGAUAUGAGCAGGAUGUUGAAUUUGGAAACACUGCCCACCUAGGAGACUGUCAAGCGUUUUUGGGCACUACUUCAGCGCCAGAUUACAAAUCAUUUGGCGACCCUACCUCUGACAUGGAGUUUUCAUCAACGCCAGUCACUGUCCAGCCCAGUGUGCCCAUACACCCCCCAGUACUCACACCCACUCAGAACCCUAGCUCUGGGCCUGGUCCAGAGCUCUACGGCUCAGGCUUUGUGCUGCAGGAUGACCCAGCCACCUCCCAUUCUUUAGACUCUAUCCCAGGGGGCAGAGAGGGUGUUUGGGACAUCCAAGCAGGUGAGACCAACCAGAUGGUCCACAUGAACAUCCUCAUCACCUGCGUUUUUGCUGCUUUCCUCAUGGGUGCUCUCUUGGCUGGUUUGAUUGUUUUCUGCUACCGAGACUCAUUCCUGCGUAAACCAAGACAUGUCCACAAGGAUGCCGAGUCUGCUCCAUCCUGCUCCGACUCCACUGGAAGCUUUGUGAAGCUCAACGGCUUAUUUGACAGCCCUGUAAAGGAGUACCAAACCAACAUUGAUUCUCCCAAGCUGUACACAAACCUGCUGAGCAAUGGUAAAGAUCUGGGUUCACCUAACGGUGACACCAAGACCAUGAUCCUACGAGACGGCUGUCAGCCCCCUGAGUUGGCUGCCUUGCCCACGCCCGAGUCCACCCCAGUUCUUCAGCAGAAGGGCCUGCAGCCGAUCAAAAACCAGUGGGAGAGGGCUCAUGGGAAGGUCAGUGGGCCCCGUAAGGAGUCCAGCUCUUCAGCCAAGAGUCCCCAUUUCCUUCCUUCAUCUCCUGCUCCUGCGAACACCAACCCCCACCACCCUCACCUUAACCUGGGACAUUCCCACAUCCCUAGUGCUGUUGUCUUGCCCAACGCCACACAUGACCACCCUAACCUUGAAAGUGGAGAUGAUACACUGCCACAUUCUUCUGAAAAGAAGCUCAAGAAUCCAGAUUCUAAGGGAGGUAGGAAAGACCAGAAGAGGUCUGUGGAUGCCAGAAAUACACUUAAUGACCUUUUAAAGCACCUGAAUGACUCUGUGGCCAACCCCAAGGCCAUUCUUCAAGAGGGAUCAGGGCCCCGCCCGAGGCAGCAUCUCACACUGGAGCCCAUGGAGGAACUAACUGAAUUACCCCCCAAGGUACCCAGCCGUGAGGCUUCCCUGUACUCCCCCUCCUCCUCCCUGCCACGGAACAGCCCCACCAAGAGGGUUGAUGUUCCCAUGCCCACCACUCCCACUACACCAACGGGAAGCCUGAGCAUGGGUGGUACCCUGGAGAGACAAAGGGGGGGCUAUCAACUACACCGGAGUGCCUCUCAUAGGCAAUCCUUAUCCACCUCACCCAAUGGGGUAACUAUGGGGGUGUCUCUGUCUCGGCAACACAGUAUGAACAGAGGGGGUUACAUGCCCCCGACACCCCCCUCCAGACUUGAUUCCCAUGGCGGGUUGAUGUCACCUGGAAUGCACUCAGCCCACCCGUCCUCUGUGUCCCGACAGAGUAGCUACAGUGGGCAUGGCUCACUCCCUCGCACGGGGCUCAAACGGACCCCAUCGAUAAAGCCAGAUGUGCCCCCUAAACCCAAUGGGUUUUCACCACAGACUCCACAGAUGCGAGUGGUCAACAAGUACAGUUAUUAGAGACCAUGGACACUUCUGAUUGAGCUCUUGACUGUAGAGUUUUGAGCCCUGAGGGCCUGGUGGGGUACAGAUGGGAUAAGGCCUAGUGUGUGUUUGUGUAUCAACCUGAGGUGUGUUCCCCCUUUAAAUGAUAUGCACAUUCGCUUACACUAAAAAGGGAAAAUCACAUGUGCGGCCAAAGAUACUCAUUGGGGCUUCUUUGCUCCCUACGACCCCAUCGUCCUCCCUUGUCAAGGUAGCCACAGGAUAUGAACAGUGGACAGUGGUGAAUCUGCUGCUCCCCAUUGUAUCUGGGCUCAGGGUGUCGCCUGUUCCCAUAUUAGGUACGAGGUUUGGGACACCAGCAAGGACCGCUUGGCGUGUGUGCAUGUGGUACCAGGUCAGAAACAGUGGAAUACUUGAAUGAGUCUCAUUUGUCACUGCCCUCCAGCACUGUCUUCCCACUAAUGUGAACUGAUCAGAGAGGCAAGGUCGGCCAUGCCUUUGGUAGAGAGAGGGCAGAGGGCAGAGGAGAGGAACGUCAAUAAUCAAGUGUGUGUUGCUUAAAAUACAUAUAACUGCGAAUCGCUGAAUCAAGCAGCAAGCGAAUAGAAAAAGAGCGCAGGUGAAUGUGUUGGAGUGUUUGUCGGAAAAAGCAGAAUUGUGUAAAGGCAGCACGCAUUUAAGGCCUUCACACUUGGCAGUCGAGAGCGGUGCCACAUGCCAGAGGAUGCACCUUAAGAUCAGUUAAGAUCCAAGGCACUGUCUUAUCAUUUCAACAAUAUUCCCUCUUUUGUGGUCUUGCUUGAACCCAUCUGAACAGAGCCUAAACCACAUUUCUGUGUCACUCUGUAAUGCUUGUGGUGUUUCGGUUAGGCUGCAGUAAAGCUGGAUCGAGCUGGAGGCAAUGAAACAGGGACUGUAACUCACUGGGAAAUUUUACUUAGUACAUUUGCUGCUAUUGGUUUUUCUGACAUAGGUGUUUGUCUUUGAUUUUUUGUUUUUUCCUCUACCAAGUUGGGAUAGCCUCGGAUAUGUGAGUGACGUUAUGCGUGUGUGUUGCAUUGCAGAGGCUUAAAAAGUACAAUUUCAAGCAAACAACCGCUCGGUUAAAACAACUGGUACACGGGAUAAAACGUGUCUCUCCUCGACUGAAACCUCUCCCAUCCUCCACUGCCCCUUUAUAGACUGGUCGUCCUGUCUGUAUGUAGCAAUGGUAUUACGAAAAAAAAAAAUACAUACAUUUCUCAUCUCAUUUAUGAACAAACUGUUUGCUUUUGUAACAUUUUGCUGUUUAUUUAAAGAAUUUACCACGUGACACUAAAGCAACACAAACGAUUUAUCCCAUGUGUAUGAAUUCAACAUUUCAGGGGGACUUGUGGUUUGUUAAACCUGCCUGUCCCCCACCCCUUCCAAUAGAACAACAGUGUUUUCCUCCUACAUUAAUCCUGAUAAAGGUAUGUUAGACUGACCUUAGAACAACACACGGAUGUAACAUCUCUUAUCAUCUAUGGUUCUGGUUCUGCGGCCCAUAUUCCCUGUGCAGCCUCCUAGAGAGUGCCCAGUGUACAAUCAACACAACAUUUACCAAUGUGUCCAAAAGAGUCAUGCUGGGAAUGACAAGAUCGUGUAUAUACUUAAAUACUAUAAAUAAGGAGUAUAAAUAUUUUUAGGCAAGUGAACCUGAAUCUGUGCAUUGUGUGCCUUAUCACAAAACUUCUACAGUCUACAAUAUUGGCAACGUCAAUUGGUCCUCUCUAUGUUAUUGUCAUAUGCUAUAUGAACAUUUUUUUGUGUGUGUGCACAAUUUGAAAUCAAGCAGGACGUGUGUUGUAAAAUCACUACCUAUUACGAACUGAUGUGAUGUGGGGAAACAAGUUGACUGGCAAACAUUCCUCUUGUGAUAGUCACGCAGAGGAAGACGAAGAAAACACUUAUUGGGAUUUUGAAUACUUUCUUUUUACUGCCGCUGUUGUUGAGAAUGGUGUUAAUCCACCGCAUAGAGGUGCCAUGCAGUGAAUGUAUUUUUUUGACAGUGGGAUGUAAGGUGGCGAGACCUUGCACUGUGGAGCAGUCGGCUCAAUGCAGCACAUCCUGCCCGCAGCCAACGUAUUAACAGUGUUCACAUGAAAGCGGUCUCGUGCAAAAUCUGUGACUCCAAAGGGUUGCAGUGAGCGGAGUUGUUUUUAUUGGCCAUUUGGGACGACCGAGGAAUCAUUUCUCGUAGCAGUGGGUACAUUAUUUGGGUGAGCGUCAGUUGCCUGUUUAGCCCAAAGCCACAUUUUGUUUACAAGUGAUGAUUGUAUGUAAAGACGUUCUGCCUGUCAUCUAACCAGUGUUUGGGCUCUCUUUUCUACUCGACACAUGCACAUACUCACAUCACAGGCAUUCGCUCAACGUAGGUCGCUCAACUGCCUUGUACAUUGCAAUAUGAGCUCGGUCUUUCUGUUGCAAUCUAAAUGGAAGCCUUUAUAUUUCAGUCUGAGCUUGGUGCAGGUGGAGAUGAACCAGAUUUUGUCAUGUCAUUUUUGAUUUAAAUACUGUGCAACAUGGCGACGCGAGGCCAGCUGUAGAUACGAUCUCCAGAGUCCUUGAGCGUGUAGAUAUGUUGUAAAGUUGUACUGUGAAUGUGUAAAUAAUAAUGAUGGUCUUUGUUUCAUGAUAUUUUUUGUUGAUUUUUUUAACACGGCAUGUAUAGUUGAAAUAAAAUAUUACUGCACAGAAA